AGCUACCUUUCUUCCAUUGCCACAGUACACAAAGAAACACACACAAGAAUGGAGGAUGAGAGAAGAAGAGUGAUAGUGGUUGGAGCAGGGCCUUCGGGUCUCUCCAUGGCUGCAUGCUUAACCAAGAAAUCAAUUCCGUACAUACUCCUCGAGAGAGAAGACUGUUCAGCUUCUCUUUGGAAGAAACACACCUACGACCGUCUCCAUCUCCAUCUCAAGAAGCACCUCUGCCACCUCCCUCACAUGCCAUUCCCCCCUUCUUCCCCUUCCUACGUUCCCCGCAACCAGUUCUUGGCUUACCUCGACCACUACGCCGCUCACUUCGCGAUCUCUCCGUUGUACCGGAGGACCGUGGAGUUUGCGGCAUACGAUCAGGAAGCCAAGAGCUGGAGGGUGAAGGCCAGGAACGAGGAUUCCGGUGAGGUUGAGGAGUAUCUAGGGGGGUUCUUGGUGGUGGCUACGGGGGAGACAACUGACCCUUUUGUCCCUCAAAUUGAAGGGAUGGGUAGUUUUCCUGGGAAGGUUAUUCAUUCCACUGAGUAUAAAUCUGGUAAGGGAUUUGAGGCUCAGCAUGUUCUUGUUGUGGGUUCUGGCAAUUCCGGCAUGGAGAUCUCACUUGACCUUAUCAACCACGGUGCCAUAACUUCCAUUGUUGUUCGAAGCCAGGUUCAUAUUGUGUCCCGGGAGAUAGCGAAUAUGGGGCUGUUUCUGUUGAAUUAUGUGGGAGUAAACAAGGUAGACAAGUUGGUGGUGAUGUUGAGCAGGUUGAUGUACGGAGACAUGAGCAAGUAUGGGAUAGCCAGGCCUAAUGAGGGUCCCUUUUAUAUGAAGGUCAAGUACGGCAAGUAUCCCAUCAUUGAUGUUGGAACCUCUCAAAAGAUCAAGUCUGGAGAGCUCAAGGUGUUGCCAGCGGAAAUUGAAAGCGUAAGAGGCAAGGACGUUAUGUUCAAGGAUGGCCAAUCGCACCCCUUUGACUCCAUUAUUUUCUGCACUGGUUUCAAAAGAUCAACGCACAAGUGGCUUAAGGGGGAUGAUUAUCUUCUGAACGAGGACGGGAUUCCAAAGCCCAGUUACCCGGACCAUUGGAAGGGAAAGAAUGGUUUGUAUUGCGUUGGGCUUUCCAGGAAAGGCUUCUAUGGAGCUAGGUAUGAUGCUGAGAAUAUAGCAAAUGAUAUAAGCUCGCUCCUCAUCCAACUUUAAUUAUGUAUAAUUAUUACAACACAACACAGACACAUUGUGAACUGGCACUAGUACGUACUAUGCUUAUAAUUCUCCAAAUAAAUAAGAUAG